AUGCUCAGUCUUCCAAACCAAAGGAAACCAAUCACCUUGCCCAGAUCAGCUUACAACAAGAUUAUCGAUAUGGAGUUUCGGAGGAAUCCUGCACCUCCUAUUGUUUGCAAUUUGAGGUAUGCCAAUGGGUUUUAUACUAUGACAUUAUGUAUUGGGGGAAAUGAAGAAGAAAUUGAUUUCAUUAUUGAUACCGGAUCAUCAAUAUUGAUGGUGCCUUGUGACUACAUUGAUGACUGGGAUCCUGAUUGGAGAGUUCCUUCCGGGAGGAAAUACGUAUUUGAUAACUUAAGAUCCGAUAGCUUUGCUACAGACAACAAGCCAAUCAUCCGAUCAAUAGCUGGGCCUGGGAGAGUCGAAGGAAUAAUAGCCCAAGAUGAUGUGCUAGUAAUUAAUUCAUGGACAUCUGAAGUGGCUGCCUCAAGACUAAACUUCAUGUUGUCAAGUGAUGAUACGCUUCCUGCAGGAAUUUUAGGACUUCUGUAUCCACAACUUAUAGAUCGACAGCAAAUUCCUUAUUCAAAUGUUAUUGAAUAUCUUUAUAAAGGAGGGAAUAUUCCGUCUUUUUCUUAUUCACUUUAUUUGAGAAGACAAGGCAGCACAAUUGUUCUUGGAGGUUAUGAUCCUGCCCAAUUCCAGGGAUCGUUCAAAUAUUUAUCAAUUAUUCAACAAACCAAUAACCAAAAACAAUUGUUACAAUCAAAAAUGAAAUCGGUGUAUUUGGGGAAAACCUCUCUUGGAAUUUCCGGGACCGCAAGCUUCAACACUGGAGUUCCACUCAUUAGUCUCCCAUACAAAACUGUUGAAAAAUUGUAUGGGUUACUUGGGAUUCGAAGCAAACCUAACUUGCAAAAGAGGACCCAAAUUAACUCUAACCUAAACUUUGGAAAAGAUCACUUUUUGACAUUUGAGUUCCCCACCACAAAGGGACAAAGUGUGAGGAUUCGUGUUCCCUUGAGCUCCUUAAUUUCUCAUGUUGAUGAUGAUAUAUAUGUAUUGGACAUUUUGUCAAACACUAGUGGGCAAAUAAUACUUGGGUCACAAUUUUUUGAGUCAACAGUUACAUAUUUUGAUUAUACAAAUAACAGUAUUGGAAUGGUAGAAUCGAAUGAAAUUCUCAAUUACUUGGGACCUCAGCCAGCGCAAAGAAGGUUUAUAUGA